CUCGCCGCGGCUGGCUCCCUCCCUCCGGCUGAGGGCGGCCGGGUCGGCGCUCAGCGGGAUCCAAGUCCUCCUCUCUCGGUGCAUGGUCGCGGCGGGAGCCGAAAAGGGCGAGCCCGGCGGGGCGGGGGCCGGAGGCGGCGGCGACGACAACAGAGCCCCAGUGCGGAGGAGCCGCCUCUGCCCGGCAGAGGUAUUGCCAGGCAUCUGAAGCGGUUGACCAAGCCUAGGGACUUGGAACAGUGGUGUGUGAUGUCAAACAGCGCGCAGUCCUUGCAGCCUCCCCCACCAGCCUGCAGUGUCAUAUGCCAGUAUGAAUAUUAAGAAAGAAAACUGUAUUUCAGAGCUCAGCAUCCCAGAAGGAAAAAAGGAGGAACUAAACAGAAAGAACAAAUGACUGCACUGCUUGCAAAACUUGGGGCUGUUCAUUUUUUCUUCUGAGAAGCUUCAUCUUGGCCUUUGUGAGAGAGUUGAAAGAGUAGAUGGAGCAGACUUAGUAGUUUUCUUAGGGUCUUUUUUUCCUUUUUUAAUUUAAUUUUUCCCCCCAGUGCCUGGAUUUUAAGACUGUCUGCUGCACUGAUCACAAGCACUGGACAUCAAUAUGUGUCAUGUCAUUGUAACGUGUCGGUCAAUGCUGUGGACUCUCCUGAGUAUCGUGGUGGCUUUUGCAGAGCUCAUUGCCUUCAUGAGCGCAGACUGGCUGAUUGGGAAAGCAAAGCCUUCAAGCUCCGAGGAUGUGGACAACAGAACAGGGGGAUCGCAGGAGCCUUACCAUCCAACUCUGGGCAUCUACGGGCGCUGCACCAGAAUCUCCCACUUGCAGUUUUCUAGACGAGACACGCUUUGUGGUCCUUACGCUGAAAACUUCAAUGAGAUUGCCAGUGGGUUCUGGCAGGCGACCGCUAUUUUCCUAGCCAUGGGAAUCAUGAUUCUCUGUACCGUGGCAUUUGUGUCUGUCUUUACUAUGUGUGUGCAGAGUAUUAUGAAGAAAAGCAUUUUUAAUGUCUGUGGGCUGCUGCAAGGGAUUGCAGGGCUCUUCCUUAUCUUAGGCUUGAUACUUUACCCUGCAGGUUGGGGAUGCCAGAAGGCAAUAAGCUAUUGUGGACCUUAUGCUUCUGCUUACAAACUAGGAGACUGCUCCUUGGGCUGGGCUUUCUACACAGCCAUCGGUGGCACUGUUCUGACGUUCAUCUGUGCAGUCUUCUCGGCGCAAGCUGAAAUAGCCACGUCCAGUGACAAAGUGCAAGAAGAAAUAGAAGAAGGAAAAAACCUUAUCUGCCUCCUUUAACUACAGUGGGGAAAAAUACCAGCGUCUGGAUCUUUAUCUGCUUUCCAUUGACUGGACAAGCAGAUCCACUUACCUGUUUUUACCAUUUGUGUGAUUGAGCCCCAUGCAUUCCAGCCCCGAACUACUGAAAGGGGGCUUUCUUCCUUGCUGGGCAAUAGGGAUCAGAGAAAGGAUCCCAAGAAAGCAGAAUGUAAAUACUUGGGGAUAUUUUUAGUUUCAUUCUGUGGACACAGUGGAAUAUAUUGAUCUGACUGGGGAUGUGAGUAAACACCUGUAUAUAGCAGGAAUGUUGUUAUAACUGACAAAUUCUGAUCGAUUGGAUUGCCUAACCCACCCUGGUCACUUUGGAGAAUUUGGGUUUAAAAUAACAAAAGAUAGCACAUUUUUUCCUUUUCUUACGCAAAAAAGAAGCCUAUUUUACUGAGGUUUUGUUUCCAAGGGCUCCCCUCACUGGUGAAUAUUUCUUCACCACCACCUGAUUUGGUACCAUACUUUUCAUUGAGGUGCUUUUUGAUACUGAACUUCCUGAAAGUACAGUGCCUUCUUGGAUAGCAAGUCUAUGCUGGAGAGAGCAAAGCUGACUUGAUGCAGUUCACACCAAUCCUUAAGCAUUUAGAAAGUUAAGUCCCUGCCAGGUUUCUCUGUCUUGAAACUUAAGAGUGCAAGGUGUGUGCCACUUGUUACUUAGCAGGUAAAUUAUUUUGUUUCCACUGACUAGACAGAAAAGUUGUUGUUGCACUGGCUCUCACCUCUCACCUGAUUCAGAUAAAAUUGAAGUAUUCCUACAGCCUUUAUUAAAACUUCUGAACUCCCAAGCAGAUGACAACUCCCCAUGGCACCAGCCUGACCUGGGCUACAGCCUCUCCUACAGCUGUGGAUCUCAUGUUUUACUUCAGCAGUAUUUCUUUUUCUGUCAUCAAUGAAACCUCAUUCACAGUCUACAGAUCAGUCUGUCUCAUGACCCAGAGGCACAUUAGUCUUUGGGAAAUCAAAAUUUUUCAGGAAGUCUGGCCAAAUUCUACAUGGCUGGGAAGAUUUUGUCUUUUUAUUUUUUUUUUAACUGUGUGUGGUAUGGACCUUUUUCCAAUUAAACCAGCAGAAAUUAAACAGACCUUGCACAAAUGACAUUCCUUUCUCAAAGGCAGUUGGUUGUGUUACUUGUGAUGUUGCCUCACUUACUGGAACUACUUUGGAAAACAAGUUUGAAAGGUAUUUAAAAAAAAAAAAAAGUAGCUGUGCCAUAGGAGCAUUGGGGAUAAUUCAUCUGAGAAAUAGUUCUAAUGAAAUACUAGGUGAAUUUUAGAUUCCUCUUCUUACUUCUAGGUAGUCUAACAUCAUCCAAAUGACAGUGUUGCUUCACUGUGUAAUAUGGAGCAGAGAUUCUUGUUGAUGUGUGGUCAGCCCCUUAAAGCGUGCCAUUAGGUAUUUAUAGGUAUUAAAAAAUCAUUGCUAUCGUACAGGUAGAUAGCCUGUACAAGACACUGCUCAAGUCCUUUGCAAUACGAGAGCUGCUCAGCAGCCCUGACCACAUGCCCAGGGCCAGCCUCAAGGAAGGGGCGAACAGCCGCAGAGUUGGGGCCCUCUUCCAGCACCUGCCAUGCCCUAUGGACACUGUGGCACACACACAGAUAAGCUCCCAUCUUGUGCCUGUCUGUGCCUAGUGCUCCUUCAGACCAUGUGCUGGAUGGAUACAGAGGUGACUUCUGAGACACAGUGCAAUGAAUAAGGUCAACUUUUGCCUAUCUGCAGAAAGGGACUGUUUUAAUCUAGCCUCUUCCUGCAUUCACCUGCUCCUGCAACCCACAUCCACCAUCUUCUAGUUAAAAACGGGUAAUUCACUUCUCUUUUAAAUAUUUAUUUUAAACACACCCUCCCUCAAAAGUUAUGGUCUGGGACCAUUUCUGCCAACUGCCUGCACAAAGCACGAUUUUAACAAAGCAAAAUUACCAGCACAAAGCAGUGCCCGAGGAUGAAAAUCACAGCCUGCACACUCUGUCCACAGCUGUGUUUGUCUCCUUGGUUUUGCCUCAUAAACACUCCCCCCCCCAC